CCGCCCCCCUUUCCCUUCCGUGGUGGAGUUAAGAGCAGCGCGAAAAGUCCGCGGUGGGAGCUGGACGGUUCCGCGGGGCUUUAUGGCUGCCUCUCGGACGCUGAGCACUUUCCGUCUCCCGCCACUGCCCACGAUUCGAGAAAUCAUUAAGUUAUUCAGGCUGCAAGCAGCGAAGCAGCUAUCCCAGAAUUUUCUCCUGGACUUGAAGCUGACAGAUAAAAUCGUAAGGAAAGCUGGGAAUCUGACAAAUGCUUACGUUUAUGAAGUGGGCCCUGGGCCAGGGGGAAUCACAAGAUCCAUUCUCAAUGCCAAUGUUGCUGAACUUUUGGUGGUUGAAAAGGAUAGUCGAUUUAUUCCUGGAUUACAGAUGCUUUCUGAUGCAGCACCUGGAAAACUGAGAAUUGUCCAUGGAGAUGUGUUGACAUUUAAGAUAGAAAGGGCUUUUCCAGGAAGUCUUAAAAGACGGUGGGAGGAUGAUCCUCCAAAUGUACAUGUUAUUGGAAAUCUGCCUUUUAAUGUAUCAACUCCGCUGAUUAUCAAGUGGCUUGAAAAUGUUUCUUGUAGAGGUGGACCUUUUGUUUAUGGCAGAACCCAGAUGAUGUUGACUUUUCAAAAGGAAGUGGCAGAGAGACUGACAGCCAAUACAGGAAGCAAACAGCGUAGUCGCCUUUCUGUUAUGGCCCAGUACCUCUGCAGUGUUCAGCACAUCUUGACAAUUCCGGGUCAGGCUUUUGUCCCUAAACCAGAGGUGGACGUGGGCGUGGUGCACUUCACCCCCCUGGUGCAGCCCAGGAUCGAGCAGCCCUUCAAGCUGGUGGAGAAGGUCGUUCAGAACGCAUUUCAGUUCCGGAGGAAAUACUGCUAUCGAGGGCUUGGAAUGUUAUUCCCUGAAGUUCAGCGCGUGGAAAGCACUGGAAAACUGUUAGAGUUGGCAGACGUGGACCCUACCCUUCGACCCAGCCAGCUCUCUGUUUCACACUUUAAGAGCCUGUGUGAUGUAUACCGAAAAAUGUGUGAUGAAGACCCACACCUCUUUGCUUAUAAUUUCAGAGAAGAACUCAAACAAAAUAAAAGCAAAACUCAGGAAAAAGACGACCAGGAGAGACACAGACUCUAACAGCGCACCCGAAUGCUGCUUUCCACAGUGUUAUGCUCAGAUGUGUACUCUUUCUGUCUUCUACGGAAGGACAAUAAAAAUACGAU